CCUACAUCGUACCAUCUCUUCUCCCCUCUAUCCUCACGUCAUGUCUGUGUGCGACAUCAAGCUUGGUUCCACCGCCUCUGGUCAGCCCCCAAGCAACGCCUCGCAUUCCCACGAUGGCGCCCCUGCCCACUCCCACUCUCACGAGCACUCGCACAGCGCAGCUCCCGGAGGCGACCACGGACACACCCACGAGAUUAUGGACCACCCAGGCAAGUUCGGCGAGCGCGAUCUCCCAGACUUCUCACGCCGUAACUGGGAAGAGAGGGCCUUCACCGUGGGGCACGGAGGGCCUGUGGGCAGCGGUAAGACGGCAUUGACCCUGGCCAUCUGUAAGAGGUUGAGGGACAAGCUCAACAUUGGAGUCGUCACGAAUGACAUCUUCACUAGGGAAGAUCAAGAGUUCCUGAUCAGAAAUUCGGCAUUGGAUCCGCCUAGCAGGAUUAGGGCUGUUGAAACAGGAGGCUGCCCUCACGCCGCCAUUCGCGAGGACAUCUCAUCGAACCUGGAAGCCCUCGAGCAGCUCCAGGCAGAGUUUGAGACGCAGCUUUUGCUGGUGGAGAGUGGAGGUGAUAACUUGGCUGCCAGCUACAGCAAAGAGCUGGCCGACUUCGAGAUCUACAUCAUUGACGUAGCAGGAGGGGACAAGGUCCCCCGUAAGGGUGGUCCGGGUAUCUCGCAAUCCGACCUUCUCGUGAUCAACAAGAUCGACCUGGCCCCACAUGUCGGCGCCUCGUUGGAAGUGAUGGAGAGGGAUGCAGCCAUCAUGAGAGACGGCGGACCGACGCUCUUCACCAGUGUCAAGAAUGAUCAGGGCAUCGAUGAGGUCGUCGAGCUCAUCCUGGAGGCAAGGAGAAGGGCAGGCGCUGACAAAUCGGGAAAGCCUUUGAGUGCGGUAUCGAAGUAAAGGCUGGAGUGAGAUAAAUCGUCAGAGUGCUAGUCAUACGUCUUCGG